GUUUGUCCCUCGGCGGCCCCUGUACUCUGCCCGGAAGCGUUACCAUGGAGCCGCCCGGCGGCACCGGAAGUGUCGGAGCCGUUACGACUUGCGGCGGGGACGAAGGAGGGAGCGACGAGCCGGCCCAGGUCGGGGUUGGCGGCUAGUUCGGGGCCCGGACGGAGGACGGGUUGAUUGACGUACUAUUUACGUGUAUUUAAAUAUAUGCAAAUUUGUUUCCAGUGAAUGACGCUGGUUUAUUUCUGCCUCGCAACUUCGUCUUACGCAAGUUGAAGCACGUCAUGUUACCUUUGGGAGCCUUUUAAAGCACGCUGACGUCACGAUCUCCAACUGCGUGACGUCAGUCAUCGGCUGCUUGACGAACCAGGUGUCAAAUCUGGCGAUUUCAGCCUGCUUUCGCUGCCCAGAUGGCGUUGCCCACAAUCCCUUCGUUCUGGAGCAACCGCAGCAGGGCCCUCGAGCAACAGAUCGUGCACCACCGAGAGCAGGAGGCCCGCUUCCGGAAGCAGUGGGAGCUGAACAGCCGCUAUUUCCAACAGUCUGGGGUCUACAGCUCAAAGCAGGCCCAGUGGAGUUCACGCCAGUCCUAUCAGCAAAGUAUGACUGCCUAUCACCACGAGAAGCUGAAGGAGGAGAAGCGGAUCAGCUUGGAGCGAAGGCGCCAGCAACUUCAGAAGCUGCUUUUUGAGGAGCGUGAGCUGCUGGCAGCGGAGCUGCAGGAGCUGCGGCUGAGCAAGGACACAGACCUGAGCGAGAUGAGGCAGAAAAGCGACGAGCUGAAGUCGGCCAGGGAGGAGCGGAGGAAGCAGAUUGCCGAAGAUCGUCUCUACGAGUGUUGGGAGAACAACAGUGCUAAGCUCCGAGAGGUUGGCUCUGAACUGCACAAGAAGCACGUGGUCGAGGCCUGGGGGAACCAGCUGACUCAGAAGCAACAGAGAGAAGCAACUGAGUGGGAAGAGAAAGUCCGCAUGGAAAACAAAUACGAGGCUGCCCGGAGGGAAGCCCUGGAGAGGAUGAAGGAGGAGGAGGAAAGGCGGAAGCAGGAAGAGAGGAAGCAGGCAGAGAUCUUGCGCCAGCAGAUGGAGGAGCUGCGGCAACGGGAGGCGGAGGCAGCAAAGCUGAAGAAGGAAGAGGAGGACUUGCUGAAGCAGCAGUGGGAGCUGGGAGCCCUGGAGGCCGAGAGGAAGCGGCAGGAGCAGGAGCGGAAGAAGACUGAACUCAGGCGAUUUCUGAAACACCAAUACCACUCCCAGCUGAAGAGGCGGGCCCAGCAGAUCCAGGAAGAGCUGGAGAAGGACAGGCAGAUCCUCCUGGCCCUGGCUGAGCAGGAAGGCGAGGACGAGCGGCUGCAGUCGGCCCGGCGGGAGCAAGCGGUUGCUGCUGUUGCCUGGAUGAAGGAGGUCAUCGAGGAUCAGCUCCAACUGGAAAGGGAGCGGGAGGCUGAGCUGGAGACUGUCUUCAGGGAGGAAGCCAAGCAGGUCUGGGAGAAGCGAGAGCACGAGUGGGAGAGAGAGCAGAAGGCCCGGGACAGACUCAUGGCCGAGGUCCUGGCGGAGAGAGAGCGUCAGAUCCAAGAGAGGAUGGAGAGGAACAGGCAGGCCCAGCAGGAAUUGGUGAAGUGCCGGGAGCAGCUGAUCCAGGAGCUGGAAGAGGCCAAGCAGCUGACACAGCGGGAGCAGGAAGAGGAGGCUGGGCUGAAAACUGCCCGCAGGCAGGAGCUGGAGGCCCAGCUCACAGAGCGCCAGCUGCAGGGGCAGGAGGAGCUGCGGCGCCAGCAGGAGGAAGAGGCUGAGGCCCGGCUGGAGGAGCAGCGCAACGCAGAGCUGGAGCAGCUGGCCGCCAGGCGCAUGAUGGAGCGCGGCUAUCGCAACAAGACCUACAGCUAUCCCAAAACAGCCUGGACCUAAAGGAGUGGGAAGGGUGCCUGCUUCCCAGUUAGAAUGGAUGAAAACCUUCACGGAGGGAAGAGUUUCUUGGCUGCAUCCUGCUAGGGAGUACUUGUAAAGAUUUAAAAACCCCAGGAUCUGCGUUCUGUGCUGUCAGGUGUCUGUGUGCUGAGAGAGGGUAGAGGGCUUCCACCCCUCUGCACGUUAGCUCUCUUCUGCUGCUGGGUGCUGACAUUCCUGGAAGGCAGGCACAGUUGUGGCUCCAAGAGGAAUUGCUGGAAGGAACAGGGUAGGCCCUGCAAGGCACUUGGGGAGGUGGGCUGGGGGGUGGACAUGCUCAGUCCCUGCCAACCUUCAGAGGGCACUUUCCCCUUCUUUCAGUGGCUCUUGCCUGAGCAGCAUAAGGAAGAGGUGGGUGGAAGGCCUCAAGCACUUCCUGCUCAGUCUCCAGUAGGGAUGUUAAAAGGUUCAAUAAAGCUUUGUGUUUUUCA